AUGGUUAUUAAAUCAUUUAAAAAAUAUGAUAUUUCAAAUUCGAUAGAUGGAAUAAAAGAUUAUAUUAUAUAUAAAUUUAAUGGUGAGAAUAAUUAUGAAACAAAUUAUGAUCGUGAAGUAAUUUUAAAAAAUGAUAUAUCAGCAUAUGGUUUAGAUAUUGAAGAUAAUGAAAAUAAUAAUAAAAUUAUAGGGGAUGCUUAUUCAUGGUAG